GAUUUUCAAGCUUGGAGUCACACACUGUCACUGGCUGUGUGACCUUGCAUAAUCAUUUGAAUCUCAUUCCUUCAUCUGUGAAACUGAAAUAGGGAUAAUAGUAAUAAUUUCCUCCAUCAUGGACUAUUGCAGGGAUCAAAAGAGAUUAUGAGCACACAGUAACACACAACAUGUAGUAUGUAUUAUGCGGACAUAUAUGUAUAUAUACAUAUGUACACACAUGUAUAUUGUAAUCAUAAUGAUUAAAACCCUUCUGUCUCCGUCAGCAGCCUAAUCCAAAGACAACUGCAUCUUGUAUCAGAAGCUUGCUUUAUGUCACAUUGAAAUCCUUUAUUAUAAAAUUGGAAUUAACUCCGUGGAGUGGAAAUAAGAAGGUGGCUUCAGAUAUUUACUAGAUAGCCAAAUAUGUAAAGAAAAAGUGUUUCGUUUUCGGCCAGUCUUCUCCCUAUCCUUUUCUUACCAUCUUCACCAUUUUUCUCACCACGCAUGAGACCAUCCUGGAUCUCCUGUCAAAGUGAAGGAAUCAAGUCCCGAACCCUCAAAGAAAUUUGGAUGGAGAAACAGUCUUUAUCUCAAAGAGAAGUGGACCCAGGAGCUGAUUUCACUUGGAAUCAUACCAUUUUAGAAGGUACUCGGUUCAAAAGAGCCAUUUUCAAAGGGCAAUACUGUAGAAGUUUUGGUUGUUGUGAAGACAGAGAUGAUGGCUGUGUCACUGAGUUCUAUGAGGCGAAUGCACUGUGUUACUGUGAUAAAUUCUGUGAAAGGGAAAACUCUGAUUGCUGUCCUGAUUACAAGUCAUUUUGCCUUGAAGAGAAAGAAUGGCCUCCUCACACAACGCCGUGGUAUCCAGAAGGUUGCUUCAGAGAUGGUCAACAUUAUGAAGAAGGAUCAGCAAUUAAAGAAAACUGCAACUCCUGCACAUGCUCAGGACAGCAAUGGAAAUGUUCCCAGCAUGUGUGCCUUGUUGAACCAGAAUUAAUUGACCAUGUCAAUAAAGGAGACUAUGGAUGGACAGCUCAGAACUACAGUCAAUUCUGGGGAAUGACUUUAGAAGAAGGUUUCAAAUAUCGUCUUGGCACCUUGCCACCCAGCCCCAUGCUUCUGAGUAUGAAUGAAGUGACAGCUUCUUUACCUGCAAUAACUGAUCUUCCAGAGUUUUUCGUUGCUUCUUAUAAAUGGCCUGGAUGGACUCAUGGCCCAUUGGAUCAAAAAAAUUGUGCUGCAUCAUGGGCAUUUUCCACUGCAAGUGUAGCAGCUGACCGAAUAGCAAUUCAGUCCAAGGGUCGAUACACAGCCAAUCUAUCCCCUCAGAAUUUGAUUUCUUGCUGUGCCAAGAACCGUCAUGGAUGUAACAGUGGAAGCAUCGAUAGGGCUUGGUGGUACCUGAGAAAACGUGGACUGGUAUCCCACGCAUGCUAUCCACUUUUCAAGGAUCAAAAUAUUACCAAUAAUGGCUGUGCCAUGGCAAGCAGGUCUGAUGGGCGGGGAAAACGGCAUGCCACAAAGCCAUGUCCUAACAACAUCGAGAAAUCUAAUAGGAUCUACCAAUGUUCUCCUCCAUACAGAGUCUCUUCCAAUGAAACUGAAAUAAUGAGAGAAAUCAUGCAUAAUGGACCAGUUCAAGCCAUAAUGCAAGUCUAUGAGGAUUUCUUCCAUUAUAAGUCUGGAAUAUAUAGACAUGUUACCAGCACAAAUGAAGAAUCAGAAAAAUAUCGAAAGCUUCGGACACAUGCAGUCAAACUCACUGGAUGGGGCACACUGAGAGGAGCCCAGGGGCGGAAAGAAAAAUUUUGGAUCGCUGCCAAUUCCUGGGGAAAGUCAUGGGGAGAGAAUGGCUAUUUCAGGAUUCUUCGAGGAGUAAAUGAGUCUGACAUUGAAAAGUUGAUUAUCGCAGCUUGGGGCCACCUGACAAGUUCAGAUGAACCAUAGCAUAUCAUUAAAUUUCCAUAGGCCAUGCAUUUAAGUAACUCCUUAAAUUAAAAUUGAGCAAUGUGAGGUUCUCUGUGACAGUGGAAUCUUUGUGUCUUCACCUUAUUAUUAUAAUGUGCCUGGUUUCUUGUUUUACCCUGGGCUCUAGGCAUGUGCUUCCUUUUUAUUGCUGAGUAUUUGAAAACACUAAGAGAGGACAGUGGUUAAAUGCCUUUGAAGUUUCUUGGUUGUCUUUACUUUUCUCUCAUGACCAUACCCUUU